CACACACCACACAUUCACACAGCGCGCACAGUGCACACCAUGUAAGCCCGUCAGAAUCUUCGGACAAUAAAUCCUGCAGCGCACGAAAAAAAACAUCUACUAUGUACCUAGUAGCUUCUGUACCUGCAAGGAAGCGGAUUCGUACAUGGAAGGAAGGCUUUCGAUGGUGGAUGGUGGAGGGUGGAUCAUGGAUGCCGUUGCGUUUCGCAUAUAUGAGUGUGCACACUUCACACUGCAGACUGCACUGCACGCUGUAGAGUACAAGGUCUGAUUUUUGGACUCCCGGACGCAAAGACAUCGGUGAUGAUUGUGUCGAUGAUUGUGUUGAUGGUCGUUUUGCCAGCAGACCGCGGACAGGAAGAGAAAGGAACGGCGGCAACUACGGCUCCGGGCGAAUCCGCAUGCGGCGAGAGUCGAGAGUCGAGACUUACAACCUCUCGGACAGAGAUUUGGACCAACAGGAGGCUGGAGUGGAGUCUGCGAGACAGUUGUAGUCGUCCGGAAUCAUCAUCCAACAACACUCCAAGUCUCUAGAGUCUAACUGCUCAUCUCGUCUUGUCUCGGUCUCCGCACUAUAUCUACCGUAAGUACGGCACACGGCGCACAGCGAAAGUGCAAUUGUUCGCCUUGGAAGUUGGCCCUUUGCCCUUCCUAUGCGCCGUGCGGUAACAUGGCGGUAGUUACUAGUAGAGUAGGGUAGUUACUAGUAGAGUAGAGACCUACUCUACACUGCGCCAUGGGAGGUGAGGAGACGUGAAGUGAAGUGAAGUGAAGUGAAGCGCUUGAUGCGUGCGUGUGGGAUCUAUAGAAAGGCUAAAGAGGUGAUGGCGAUUCGUGAUUCGUGAUUCAUGACUCGGGAUCGCCGAGUGGCGGCGGCGCACUGGCAGUG